CUACAAGGAUGAUGGCACUUAGCCUGCGAGGGGUCCAGCAGCAGUAUGCACCGACUGCCUUUCCUACCCGGAAACCUUAUGCACAGGUUGCAGCGCGAAUCCUUCAGCUGGAUAAUAUGGAUUCAGAAACUUCUCCAGUUCGUUCCAUGAUUCAAAAUAAAAUUGUUAACUACCUGAAAGCAAGGGAGGAGUUCUGUAACUUCCACCAACAUUAUCUUGUGGCAAUUUCAAAACAUAUUGAUGAUCAGUUUUAUAAGGAUGCUGAAUCACAGAUCCAGUACAUGGAUUUCGAAACUGUAGAAGUUAGGUUGAAUGCUGUUCUCAAUCAUGGCAACAUUAGAUAUUCUCGGGCUUCUUCAGCAGUGUUACCCACAUACUACUCAGAACAGCCUGUGAAAGAAGAAACAGAUUCAAGUAUACAGCAUGGCAGAGCUCUUCCUGGUUCUAUUAAUCCGUCCCUGCCUGCAACUGACAUAUCAGGAUUUGCACCAAAUGACCACCAUAACUUUCCUGCAAACGUUGCCCAUUCAUCAGCUGAAAGCUUAGCAGAGACCACGGCUUCUCCAUCUAUGUCAACACUACCAAAAUGCAGUUCCUCUCUUGCUGGGGAUUCCAGUGGUGGAGUGCAUACUUUCCAUACAAAGAUAAAUUUCCAAGGCGAUGUUCAUCAAGUUGAUAGUCCACAACCGUCGACCUCUGGUAGUUCCAGUUCUUUGCCUGCAAUGUGUGACCGGUCCGCAAAUCAUAAAAAUGACAGACAAUAUUCCUCUGGCCAACUACCACCAUUGCUGCAAUACAGAGAACGUGAUGAAGAGUUGUAUACAUGUAGUCACCCAAUAGAGCAAUCAGAUCAGUCAAAUAUCACAGCUUGGGGCGACGACUUGUCUUAUCUCUACGAACAAUCUAAAAUGCGCCAGAACAUGAAAGGAGAGUGCGGACUUGCUGGACGGAUGCAAGUGAAUGAAAUUUCUAGCCAGGCAUCGAGCUGCCAAGGUUCCAGCAGAGAGAAAUGCUCUAACUUAAACACAAAAUUCAGUCAUAAGCAAUGCCGCUACAUGGCGGAUUCUGGUUAUUGUGGUUCUGUUAAAGAGAGAAUGGAGAGAGCUGGACAGACAUCAAAGAGCACUCUAUCAAAGCCAGCUUCACCUAUUUCAGAUGAAUCUUCUGGCAAGCAACGUCCGGCAAAACGUUUGAAGGUUAAUUUUCCCAGUCCUGUCCAUGCCGCUAAAGUAGAGUUUCCAAAGGAACAACAGCCAGCUGCCGAUGAAAUUGUCUCUUCUGAAACAGUACAGUCUGAGACCACAGAGUUACCUACAAAAUCACCCUCUGGCUGUUCAUUAGUGGACAGCAAUGUUGUACCUGGACUGAUCAGUGGAGAUCUACAUAGCAUGGACAGUGUUAUAUUGCCAGAGACUGCUGUACAAGCAGAAGAACUGUGUGAUGUAAAUGGUGACAUUGAGAUGAAGGACUCUAAGCUUAACUCGGUGGAUGAAACAUCAAUAGGAGCCAGCAUAAGUGCAAUGAAGAAAAGCGGGGCUUCAGUACUUCAUGCUUUAACUGCUGAUGAACUUAGAGAUCACAUGAGAAGUUUGAACCAUCAUACUUGUCCGAGCAAGGUGACAAUGGAAGAACUCCAGUCAGGCUUGCCCGACCAAAAUACAUGCAAUUUAUGUGGGAUGGAGAGGCUUCUUUUUGAACCUCCCCCACGAUUUUGUGCUCUCUGUUUUAAAAUAAUAAAUUCGACCGGAUCGUAUUAUGUUCAUGUGGAAGAUGGGAAUGAUAAGGCUUCAAUAUGUUGCAAAUGUCACCAUCUUUGUAGUGGGAAAGCUAAAUAUCAGAAGAGAUUCAAUUAUGCAGAAACAGAUGCUGAGCCUGAAUGGUGGGUCGCGUGCGAUAAGUGCAAAGCUUGGCAGCAUCAAAUAUGCGCUCUUUUUAACCCUAAGGUUGUGGAGGAGGCGGCAGAAUAUACUUGUGCCAAAUGUUUAUUGAAGGAGAAGGAUAGUGGAGAUAUAAAUUUGCUGGAGUCAUCUACUGUUCUAGGAGCAUUGGAGUUACCAAGAACUAAACUGAGUGAUCAUAUUGAGCAAAGACUUUCAGCUCGGCUUGAGCACGAGCGGCUGCAGAGGGCAAGGGCUUCAGGAAAAGUCCUCAAAGAGGUACCUGGAGUUGAAGGUCUUACUGUUAGAGUGGUUUCUUCAGCAGUGAGAAUACUUCAAGUCCAACCACGUUUUCGGGAUUUUUUUAAAGAAGGAAUAUAUCCUGGGGAGUUCCCGUACAAAUCAAAGGCUAUUCUCUUGUUUCAAAAGAAUGAAGGUGUGGAUGUUUGUCUAUUCGCAAUGUAUGUGCAAGAGUAUGGUUCUGAUAGCCCAUUACCGAAUCGAAGGCAUGUAUAUCUUGCAUAUAUCGAUUCUGUCAAGUACUUCAGGCCUGAAAUCAAAUCUGCAAGUGGGGAAGCUCUCCGUACCUUCGUGUACCAUGAAAUUUUGAUUAGCUAUUUGGACUACUGCAAGAAACACGGAUUUGUAAGCUGCUCCAUAUGGGCUUGCCCAUCUACAAAGCGUGAUGAUUAUGUUUUGUACUGUCAUCCCACGUCACAGAAAAUGCCAAAGUCUGACAAACUUCGGAGCUGGUACCAAAACUUGGUCAAGAAGGCUGUUAAGGAGGGUGUGGUUGUGGAGCGCAGUACGCUCUACGACUUCUUCCUUCAGCCUACCAGUGAAUGCAAGGCCAAUAUCUCAGCAGCAUGCUUGCCAUACUGUGAAAACGACUUCUGGCCUGGGGAAGCGGAGAGACUCCUUGAGAUGAAAGAUGACAAGACCUCACAGAAGAAAGAGACACAAGUUGGAAGGCUCCUACGGGUUGCCAAACGUGAUGACAGGAAAGGAGACCUUGAGGAUAUCUUACUAGCACACAAGCUUGGUGAAAAGAUGCGAACAAUGAAAGAAGACUUUAUUAUGCUUUGUCUUCAGCAGUUUUGCAAGCAUUGCCACCAACCUAUUGUGUCCGGUAAAAGUUGGGUUUGUACCUCCUGCAAAAACUUCCAUCUUUGUGACCAAUGUCAUGCAGAUGAGCUAACUGCUCCACAAAAGGACAGGCAUCCGGCUACAACAAAACAAAAGCAUGCAUUUCUCAGAAUAGAGGAAGAACCUCUUCCAGAGACUGAUGAUGGAGAUCCAACAAUGGAAAGCAAGUAUUUUGACAGCAGAGUAGAUUUCUUGAAGCACUGUCAAGAUAAUCAAUACCAGUUUGAUACACUCCGACGGGCAAAACACUCAACAAUGAUGAUUCUUUAUCAUCUACAUGAUUCAGCUUGUUCUGCUUGUCAUCGUACCAUGGAUCAAUGCUUGGCAUGGAGGUGCCUUGUUUGUAUUGGCUGCAAAUUUUGCGAUUCAUGCUAUAAACAAGGCGGUGCAAAUUUGCAUAUUCAUGAACUUAAACAGACAGACAGUCGCCACCUAGUGCCAAACUACACUCUACAGGACUACCUCGAGGGGCUGGUGCAUGCAUCAAAAUGCUUCUACGAUCCGCAUAAUUGCACUUUCAAACUGUGUAUUAUGAUGAAGAAGUUGUUUUUUCAUGGUGCACGAUGUGAUAUCCGCAACCAAGGAGGUUGCCGGAAGUGUAUCUUCAUGUGGAAACUUCUGCUCACCCAUUCAAAACAUUGUGACCACGGGGACUGCUCAGUUCCCAGAUGCAGGGAUAUAAAGGUAUUCAUGGGUACCGGAGCUUGUGCUGUAGAUUGCUAGCGGGUCCGAAAUUAGCUUCCUGUGAAGUAGUUCUUGUCUCUCGAGAAGAUUUAUUGAUGAAAAUGCAAUAAGUUGGUGGCUGUCAUAUACAGUGUAAAUAAAAUGACGAGCAGCAGAGUUAAUUGUUUUGCUGGUUUUCCUUGAAGUUGUACCAAGAUGGCAGACUGGCGGGUGGCUCAACUUCAUUUAUGUGGGUCGCCAGGCUGCUGUUUUUCACAUGGAUGCAUCAAGAGAAAACACCAGCGGAUGCUCACAUAGACAGUGUGACACAUGUAGUCCUGGUACAUACAUACCUGUAUAGUUUCCUUGUAAACCAUAGCAAGGUCAAAUGAUAGAGAAUUUUCUUCCUUUCCUUUUUUUUCCUGAUUGAACUGAACAAGGGCACAAUUUUGUCCAGUUGUUGCUGUACUGUGGCCGAAGCCAAAUUCAAUGAAUGUGUAUAUCCAGUCCCAUGUUA